GAAUCUUAAAGUUAUGCAACAAUAAACUGAAACACCCUAAAUAGAAACAUAUUAAAACGAUUUCGUCUUCUUAAAUAUCACGACACGCGAAUGUUACACCACUGAUUUCAAAGGUUAAUUCCAAAGUUUGUUUAUGUAUUUAAGCAUUCGAGGAACAAUGCAUAUUAUCUUUCAGAUUCCUAAAAGAGUAGCCUUAAAGUGUAAUGUGAUUGCGUCCUGGAAGCAUCACGACAGGGUGUUCUACAGCAGCUUUCGAACCAUGACGCAAAAUAAAAAAUUCAAAUUCGCUAUUGAUAGAGGAGGUACUUUCACGGACGUAUUCGCAAAAUGCCCCGACGGAAGAGUGCGAGUAUUGAAACUACUAUCGGAAGAUCCCCAGCACUAUAAGGAUGCGCCUGCAGAGGGAAUCAGAAGAAUUCUACAGGAGGAAACUGGAAAAUCUUUAGACAAGGACGGUCAUAUCGACAAUUCAAUGAUUGAAUGGAUAAGAAUGGGAACAACUGUGGCAACUAACGCUCUCUUAGAACGAAAGGGUGAAAAAAUGGCUUUCGUGACGAACAAAGGCUUCAGAGACAUCUUGAUAAUUGGAAAUCAGGCUCGACCAAAAAUAUUUGAGCUAAAUAUCAGACGUCCAGACAUUCUUUACUCAGAGAUCGUAGAAGUGGAUUGCCGAGUCAUACCUGCCAUGGAAGGCCAAUGUCAACUAGGAAAAUUGUCUGAAGAUUGGCCCGUGGUGCAAGGCAAAACAGGAGAAAGAUAUUUAGUGACCAGGUCACCUAACAAGGAAGAAAUAAGAAGGAACUUGGUGAAACUAAAGGAGAAAGGGAUUAAUAGUAUAUCAGUUGCGCUAGCUCACAGUUACAGUUAUUUUGAGCACGAAGUGAUCGUUGGAGAUAUAGCAAAAGAAUUAGGUUUCAAACAUGUUUCGCUGUCCCACCAAGUCAUCCCCAUGGUACGACUGGUGCCAAGAGCUUACACAUCUUGCGCGGAUGCCUAUCUCACCCCUCACGUGAAGAGAUACGCGGACGGGUUUUCGUCAGCUUUCAAGAAUAACCUUCAAGGGACCAGAGUUCUCUUUAUGCAGAGCGAUGGUGGUCUAACGCCGAUGGAGAAUUUCAAUGGCGCCAGAGCUGUUCUUUCCGGACCAGCUGGGGGGGUAGUAGGGUAUGCAGUGACAACAUGGCAAAAAGAAACUGACCUCCCGGUGAUCGGCUUUGACAUGGGCGGCACCUCCACGGAUGUUUCAAGGUUUGCCGGUAAUUAUGAACAUGUUUAUGAGAGCACUACCGCUGGGGUGAUUAUCCAGGCGCCACAAUUGGACGUCAAUACAGUAGCUGCUGGUGGAGGAUCUAUGCUUUUUUUCAGGUCCGGAAUGUUUGUAGUGGGUCCAGAAUCAGCAGGCGCACAUCCAGGACCAGUGUGUUACAAGAAAGGAGGACCGUUGACGGUAACUGAUGCAAACCUGGUGCUAGGAAGACUGCUACCCGAUCAUUUUCCAAACAUAUUUGGACCCAACGAAGAUUCCCCUCUGGAUAAGGAAGAAACAGUGAAACAAUUCACAGAGCUGACGAAGAAAAUAAAUAAGUUCCUUGCAUCUCAAGCAAGCAAAGAGGAUCCAAUGUCAAUAGAGGAGGUGGGUCUAGGCUUCAUACGUGUAGCAAAUGAGGCUAUGUGUAGGCCAAUCCGAGCCCUCACGCAAGCUAAAGGCUACGACACUUCGCGACAUGCUUUAGCGUGUUUUGGAGGAGCCGGAGGGCAACACGCUUGUGCUAUAGCAAGGUCACUGGGGAUGAGUACAGUUUUUGUUCAUAAAUAUGCAGGAAUUCUAUCUGCAUAUGGAAUGGCCUUAGCAGACGUCGUUCACGAAGCUCAAGAAUCAUGUGCAAAAACGUACGAUCCAGAAAACUUUUCCUACAUUGAUGAGCGUUUGACUAUCUUAGAAUCAGAAUGCAUGGCAGUCCUCCAGAAACAAGGCUUCGACAAGAAUCAUAUAAUUUUGGAGCCUUAUUUACACAUGCGGUACGACGGUACUGACUGCGCGUUAAUGUGCUCGCCUGUGAAGCAACAGGGAGGUCAAGCAACCAAGCAUGGCGAUUUUGUAAAACCGUUCAUUGACAGGUACAAAGCAGAGUUUGGUUUCACGAUACAACAUAGGAGCAUCAUUAUAGCUGACAUCAGAGUGCGAGGUAUAGGAAGAAGUGAUUUAGAAGAAGAAAGAUUGGUAGAAGUAUCCACAUCUCCUCCUUCUCCCAAGUCUGUUACAAAGGUGUAUUUUGAAAAUGGCUACCAAGAUACCGCCGUGUACUUCUUGAACGAACUAAAGGCUCAGCAGUCCAUUAAAGGGCCUGCUAUAGUAAUGGAUCAACUUAGUACGAUAUUGGUGGAGCCAGAUUGUACCGCCAUUAUAACAAAGCACGGAGAUAUAAAGAUUACGAUCGGAACUGGUAUUUUGAAGAACAUCGGACCAGAAUUGGAUGCUAUUCAACUGAGUAUUUUUAGUCAUCGCUUUAUGAGCAUCGCUGAGCAAAUGGGAAGGAUACUCCAGAGAACCUCAAUAUCCACCAACAUCAAGGAACGUUUAGACUUCUCAUGUGCUCUGUUUGGUGCUGAUGGAGGUUUGGUAUCUAAUGCUCCCCACAUCCCCGUUCAUUUGGGAGCAAUGCAGGAGGCAGUUCAGUACCAGAUGAAGACUAGGAAGAUUUUUAAUGAAGGUGAUGUUAUCUUAUCCAAUCACCCAUCAGCUGGAGGCUCACAUCUACCGGACUUCACUGUCAUAACUCCGGUCUUCUACAAGAGCAACAAAACUCCAAUAUUCUUUGUAGCAAGUCGAGGUCAUCAUGCCGAUAUAGGGGGGAUAACUCCGGGAUCUAUGCCCCCGCAUUCGACUAGCUUGGACCAAGAAGGGGCCGCAUUCAAGUCUUUCUUGAUAGUCAAGGCUGGCAAGUUUCAAGAGGAAGAAUUCACGAACGAGAUCAAUAAGGCGGGAGGACGGAAUUUAUCUGAUAAUAUUUCAGACUUACGGGCACAGGUCGCAGCAAACAAAAAGGGCAUCGACCUAGUCGGAGAGCUGAUAGACCAAUACAGCCUUGAAGUGGUUCAAGCAUAUAUGAACCAUAUCCAAACAAAUGCUGAAUUCGCUGUAAGGGAUAUGUUGAAAGAGGUUGCCAUCGAAACAAAAGCGAGAACGGGAACAACCGUACUGAAAGCAGAAGAGUUUAUGGACGAUGGAUCACCAAUUAGGCUUCAAGUCAGCUUGGAUGAGAGAGAAGGUACUGCGUAUUGCGACUUCAGCGGCACUGGCCCCGAGGUGUGGGGCAACUGCAACGCGCCCAAAGCCAUAACCUUGUCUGCGCUGAUUUACUGCCUGAGAUGUAUGGUGGGGCACGACGUACCCCUCAACCAGGGUUGCCUCAAGCCGGUCCAAAUUCACAUCCCCAAAGGAAGCCUUUUGGAUCCGAGCGAAAACGCAGCAGUGGUGGGAGGCAACGUGCUAACGUCCCAAAGGGUUGUCGAUGUCGUGCUGAAGGCGUUCAGGGUAUGCGCAGCGUCGCAGGGAUGCAUGAACAACAUCACCUACGGCUGUGCGGACUGGGGAUGUUACGAGACCGUUGCUGGAGGCAGUGGGGCGGGCCCGACUUGGCAUGGUUGCAGCGGCGUUCACACGCAUAUGACCAAUACUCGGAUCACGGACAUUGAGAUUGUGGAGAGACGGUAUCCUGUACAUGUGCGUACGUUUACACUCAGGGAGAACAGCGGCGGUUCUGGAAAGUACCGCGGAGGAGACGGAGUCAAGAGAGAGCUGCUCUUCAGGGCGCCGAUUACGUUGAGCGUGCUCACAGAAAGAAGGGUUCUGCAGCCAUACGGAAUGGAAGGUGGUGAUCCUGGAGCUAGAGGAAUAAACUUACUUGUCAGGGCCGAUGGAAGGGUGAUAAAUCUCGGUCCCAAGACGGCUGUACAAAUAUUUCCAGGUGAUAUGUUCAGCUUGCUCACUCCAGGUGGUGGCGGUUAUGGUGUCCCCGGAGAACAGACUUCGCAACAGCCUUCAAGCGACGGACGUCUGGGCGUGUUCCUGGAACGAGGCAGCGUCUUCGAAUACCGGCAGGCACAGGAAGGCGUGUAAUAGGCUGAUGCGCUCUACGUGGAAAUCUCAAAAUGCAAUCCAGACACAAGUUGUAAUGUGGUUUAAUCUGCAUUAUAUUAUUGAAAUCAGGAUUAUAUUUUUUUUUGUAUAUAAUCAUGGUAGGAUUGUAUCACUUAGUUAGCUAGUUUCCUAGAAAUUAUAAUCCAAAAUAAAUAAAGUAUCUGCAGAGAAUGAGUAUCUUGAUAAGGUAAUUCUGCUUAACUAUUAAGCAACUACCAUCUCUACAAAAUACGCACCAGCCGACAAUAGCUUGACUUCCCUGAGC